AUGGCGGAACAAAGUUUUGACAAAACGAGAAAACGAAACCAACUGGAUUGUAAAGAUGCUACUGAUGUUCAUCACCUACCGCGCGAUAAAUAUGCAGCAAUUGCGGAUGAUACUUUGAAGAAAUUCCAAGCUGGUUUAAGUAACACCCGCGGAAAUCAUCGGAAUGUCAAUUUACAACAUGAUCUUCGAUUUUCCAUUGAAAAUACAAUUGUCUAUACAGAAGAUGAUUUAAUAACAACGACUUUAAUGAAAUCUUCAUCGUCACCAGUGUAUGAGAUUCGUCAUUGCACAACUUUACAAGCAGCUGAAUCAUUGGCAAGUGAAAUCGACGAUGAUAAUCGCAUCGGAAUAUUGAAUUUUGCAUCAGCAAAGAAUCCUGGCGGUGGUUUUCUCAAAGGUUCAAAUGCUCAAGAAGAAUCGAUAGCAAGAUCAUCAUCUCUCUAUCUCGCUCUGUCACAAGAUCGAAUCUUUCCUCAAUUUUACGGUUAUCACCGACGAGAAAAAAAUGGACUCUAUACUCAUCGAAUCAUUUACUCACCUCGUAUUACAAUCAUUAAGGAUGAUAAUGGUAAAAUGUUAUCUUCACCAUAUCAUGUUGGAAUAGUGACAUGUGCAGCUCCCAAUGCAAGUAUUUGUCAAGAUAUUGAACUAACUCGACAAACAAUGAAAGAACGAAUCAGAUGUCUACUGACUGUUUUCCAAAUGCAUCGUCAUGAUGUUGUGGUAUUGGGCGCAUUUGGUUGCGGCGUUUUUAAAAACGAUCCGCGAGAAGUGGCACUGGCUUUUCGUGAACACUUGCAAUCCGACGAAUUUCGAAACGUUUUUAGUCGAAUUAUUUUUGCGAUCUUCGAUGCAGACAUGCAUCACGUAUUUGAGGAAGUAUUUGCCAUUUCUCAAUACCAAGGAAAAUGA